CCUGGAGCUCAGCACAGCUCUCCAGAAGGCAAUCUUUACUUUUUAUCCCCAUGGCAUAAUAAGACUGUCUAGCGGCCUGUCCAGACCGAGCGGGUGUGCAAAUACGUGCGCGCGUCGGUUUGGCAAGGGGCGUCUCAGCACUGUGCUCCUAAACUCAGUCGCGACUGCCUUCUCAGAGGUCCUUACAGACACCACUCACCUCCAUGGCCAUCACGAGAUUCCUUCUCCUCUCCUACCGCCCGGACACCCUCAGCACGCCACGAAAAUGGGCCCGACCAGCCUGGCUCUGGCCCACCCGGCCUUAUUUGUCCUAAGCUGGGUCUUCUUCUCCAACCUCACAAUCCUCUUCAACAAGUGGCUCAUUGACGCUGCUGGCUUUCCCUAUCCCGUCAUCCUCACCUGCUGGCACAUGGUAUUCGCCACAGCUGCGACACAGACCCUCGCCCGCACAACGCGCGUGCUCGACAGCCGGCAUGCUGUCCAGAUGACGCGGCACACAUACCUCCGUGCCGUCGUGCCUAUCGGGGUCAUGUACAGCGUCAGCAUGGUCUGCAGCACCCUCGUUUACCUCUACCUCAGUGUGCCCUUCAUCCAGAUGCUCAAGGCUGCUGCCCCUGCCGUCGUUCUUUUCGUGGGCUGGAUUUGGGGAGUCGAAUCCCCGACGCCUAAGACAAUCCUCAACAUUGCAGGUAUCAUCGUUGGCGUCAUCGUCGCUAGCGCGGGCGAGAUUCAUUUCUCCUGGACGGGCUUUCUGUACCAGCUCGGCGGGCUUGUGUUUGAGUCUCUGAGGGUUAUCAUGAUACAAGCCCUCUUCACCAAGAACCAAGGAACGAACAGCGCGCCGGAAGAGUCAAACGACUGCCCAAGCACCACAUCACUGGCCAGCGAAGGGAAGGAUGAGGAGAAGCCAGCGAUGAGGGGAGCGACUCAGAUAAACGAAACCCAACUGCGAAAGAUGGAUCCUCUAGUCGGGCUGUACUAUUAUGCGCCGGUGUGCGCCGCGACCAACUUCAUCCUUUCCAUCGUGUGGGAAGGUGGCUCUUUCCAUUGGCAGCACGUUAUCGAUGUUGGGCCCAUCACGCUCCUCCUGAACGCAUUGGUGGCAUUUCUGCUCAACGUCUCGAGUGUACUCCUGAUCGGCAAGACCUCAGGGCUGGUCCUCGUCCUGACCGGCAUUCUCAAGAAUAUCCUCCUCGUUGCUUUUGCCGUAGUGUUUACAGGCGAACGCAUCACCAUCUCACAGGCCCUGGGCUACGCCACCGCAUUGCUCGGCUUGGUGAUAUACCAGGCUGGGUGGCAUGACCUCCGACGCCUCGCCGCGGCCGGGAUGCCCAGCUCCACCAGCAUCGCCAGUAUUCGGAUAUUAUGGCGGAGAAGAGUGAACAGAAGGAUUGUCGCCGUGGGCGGCAUCGCGUGCCUGGCGGCAACUUGUCUCGUGUUCGCCUGGCAACACAAUCAGCAACAACAGCAACCGCCACUGCCUGUCUCGGCUCAAACAUUGCCCUUGAUGCACUGGAUGUCGUCCUUGGUGCCUUGGUUCGGGCUGGAAUCUUCUGAUCCUGUCUCAGGAUUGCCUUCGACACCCGCAAAAGAUCGAGGUGGAACACCGCCUACUGCUUGGCUGCCUACGUGGCUUCUCGGCCGCCCCGCUGCUGACCCAGCUGGAUGAAUUUGCAUAUUAGACCACGAUGAGGGAGGGUCAGUUAUGCAAGCGAAGCACUGGUGACCAUUAGUUGUGCACAUAUCACUGCUCAUGGCCGUUUCGUAGAAUCAAGCUGACAAAAAAAAGGGGAUAUCUCUAUUUCUUCAUAACAUCUGCUUGCAAGGUAUGAUCAGACGAGUGGU